AUGAAACUCCGUACGCAACCAAUUUUUCAAAAGGAAACAGCAACUGAAAAAACACCAAGUAUCGGUCUAACGAAAACUGAACAGAAAACAACAGCCGAUAUUGCAUUAUUAUAUACAAGUAAUUGUGGAAGAAUCACAAAUAUUCGCUUUAAAGAAAUGGCAGCUGAUAUUCAUGCAAUCUUAGUGAAAUACAUAACUGAAUAUGGAAUAUUUCUUAAUCGAGAAAUCGAUCGAUUAUUUAAACAUAUUACUACAAUUCAUUCACAAGAAGAUCAUUCAGAAUAUUCACAAGAUUUAGAAAUACGUCUAGAACAACUGACUUUGUUAAAUGAGUAUAAACAUGUUUUUGAAUAUAUUGACGGAAACAGAAAAGUUGAAUUUUGGCGUCGAAAAUUUCACGAACAGUAUCGAACGAUUUUGGGUCAAAUAGAAAAUCUUAAAGUGUCUGGUAGAUAUAAUAAAUUACAUGAAAAAUUAAAUACUGUGCAAGGAUUGAUAGGAGUAGAUCAUUUUUGUGGUGGUAAAUUUUUAACAGAAGGAUUUGGAGCUCUAUACAGAGAUUAUCAGAUAGAGACGACCAAAAAAUCUAAAGAAACCUAUCAUGUUGUUUUAGAAAACAUUCUUCAAGAAGAUUAUGCAGCUACUGAAAGUGCCAUGAUCGAUAUUGAUAAGAAAACAGCAAAUCCGAGCGACAUAGCUCAGAUUGAACAGAAGUUACAAGUUUCUUUGCACAAUUUGAUGAAAAACACUCAAAAACUUGCUAAUAGUCUUGAUCUUAAUAAUGAUUUCAAGGCAGUAACUGAAAGUCAAAUUCAAUUAAUCAAUGCCAAUACGGAUAAGAUUUGCACUGUUUUAAUGAAACCAAAGAUAAUGGCAAUGAUUAAUGAAAAAAUUAAAUUAAAUUUGACAGAAUUUGAACAAAAAAUAACUACAUGUUUAUCGACAGUACUGUUGCAGGCAAUAAGUACUAUUGAAAACUUUAUGGAAACAAAUGAUGUUUUGGAAGCCGAAUUAAAUACGGAAAGACUUCUUCUUGUACGACGUGAAAUAGACAAUCAUUUUAAUCUAGAAUCUGUUACUGAAAAAAUGAAUGAGAUUAAAAAAAGAUUAGAUAGUUUAGGCGAUCAUCUAUUAGUAAAAAUUGAUUUAAAAAAUAUUCAACAAUAUCCCACUCAUUCUCCUAAGGAUCUUGUAGUUAAGUUACAGAAAGCUGCAGAAUAUCAUAGUGCAAAAUAUAAAAAAGUUGAAACAUAUAUAUCAGCUGAAAUUCGUCGUAAUUUUCAGACAGCCAUUGACGCGACAUGUGCAGCACCAAUUGAGAAACGUUCAGAACUAAUAGAUCCAUUACAUUAUUCAUUAGAUUUUCUACCAGAUGAUUUACAAACAUUAUUUCGAACACAAAUUAAUAAGUUGAAAGACAAGUUUUUAGAAGAGAGCCUUGCUUAUAAACGUGAAUUAGAAGGUUUUCUCAAAAGUGAUAUUGUCAAUGAUACGACUAUUGAAAAAGUCAAUGGCUUUGCGAUACAAUAUGACCGUGAAAAACGAGAUGAAUUAUUGACAAUUUUACAUUCAGGAGUUUUGGCUAAGUUAGCAAGCUAUUGGAAAAUUAUUCAAGCAGCAUUUGAGAAAGAUGAGAUUUCAUCUGCUACUGAAAAUAUGCGACACGUUAUCAAAUAUCGUAUAUAUGCACCUGCGAUUCCUAGUACCGAACAAUUUUAUAAGUUGGUGCGUGAUCUAAUCAGUAAAUCUGUUCGUACUUAUUCGGACACACUUAGUAACAUAUUUACAAUACAGAAAAUUGAAGCUGUUGACCAAGCUUUUACUAAUUUGACUUUAUGUAUUGAAUUUAGUCAAUCAUAUCCUGAAAAAAUAAAUGAUCUCAUUUCUCAGAAAGUGUUUCAAAUUAUUAUUAUAAAAUUAGAAACUAUGCACAGGAAUUGGGAGGAUACAGUCAAUGAUUUUAAUCUUGCUUUAAUAGAAUUGAAUAUUAGUGCAUUACGUAGUUUAUUAGAGAUAACAGACCGUUGCGAUAGAGUUUUGCAAAAUAUUCGAAAUACUAGUUGCGCACAUCCAUCAAUAAAAGCAUUUGUUCAGAAAAUGAAAAAAGUACUUGGACAUUCAGAAUUGAUUUCGAAUUUUAAGAAAAAGAUCAACGAAUUAGCACAAAUAUUUACUGAGAAACUAAUCAGGGAUAAAACAAUGAGAUUCGAAACAGAGCGUGAUCAAUUCUUUAGUAAUCUUUCGACAUCAUUGAAAACAUUUAAAUUGAUUAAUACAGAAUUUCCAAAAAUGUUUUUAUCUGUUGAUUUUGAACAAAUUGAAAGAGAUUUAAAAAUUAAAAUUGAAGAAAUAAAACGAAAACUCUUAACCUAUGCUACUCAAACUGAUAUAUCUGAAUCUGAAGCAGAUGAAUUUCGUACAUAUUACAAUCAUCUUCUUUCAUUUGAGAAAUAUAUUUCAUAUCCUGACGUUAAUAUUCCACAAAGUUUAGAAUUAGCUGAAAAACAUAUUCUUGAUAAGGUCGCAAUGUUAGCAAAAAAUAUUGCUAGUGCAGGCGCCGAUUUUACUAAAGUGGCUGAAUUUUUUAUAAGAAUGAAAUUUUUUGCUGAAAAUCUCUCGAUGUUUGAGGCAAAAAUCAAUCGAACUAUUGAUGAAUGUCUAAAAUCAUUUAAAGCAAGUCAAGGUCCAACAAUGAUUGGACAAUUAACAAUGAUAUUAGAGAAAAAUGAAUUAGGGGCUCGAUUAAUGUCUGAACAUUCAGGUUUAACUGGUGAAGACUGGAGAAAGCGACGAGAAAAAAUGCAAAAACAAGAUGAUCUUGAAUAUGUUUUAAAAGAAUUAACAGGAGAUGAUUUAAAAACAGAAGAUGAACUUGCAACAGAUAUAGUGCGUAAACGUUAUACAGUUUUUCGAAGUAAAUACGAUGAUUUAAUAUCAAAAAAUUUAGCAGCAUUUAAUUUAAAAACAGAAACAGAACCUAAACUAGAUGUAUUAAUCUCAGAAACCAAAGCAUUAAUUGCGGAGGGAGUUCAAAAAUAUGGUGAAAUCAAAUGGGAUCGUUCACUUCGAGAUAAAAUUCCAGAUUUAUUAGCACAUAUUUUUGCUGUAUGGACUUUGAAAAAUACUCAACAUUACAAUAGUAUGCGUGGUAUUGAUUCAGCACGAGCUUAUCUAUUGAUGCCACAUGUAGCACAAGUGAUUUCUAUUUUUCGUAUUUUUGGUCUUGGUUAUACAAAAGAUACCAAACUUCUUGGAAUUUCGUUACAUCGGAGAAGCGUUUCCAAUGAUUUGAUUAACAAUUUAGUUGAAGUUGGAACAGGGGAAGGUAAAUCAAUAAUCAUGGCCGUUGUUGCUUGUGUUUUUGCUCUAAAUGGUAUUGAUGUAGAUUGCUCAUGUUAUAGUGAAUAUUUAAGUAUGCGAGAUAAGAAUGAUUUUGCGCCGGUAUUUCAAGCCUUAGGUAUUGAUGAACGCAUUGAAUACGGAACAUUCAAUCGAUUAUGA